AAUACACCAGCGAGUACACACAGGAGAGAAAUCUCACCACUCUUCAGAUUGUGGGAAAAGCUUUUCAACAUCACAGAUUUUGAAGCUGCACCAGAGAACACACACACAGGAGAGAAAUCUCAUAGCUGUGAUCAAUGUGGGAAGAGUUUUACUCAGUCAGGCUCCCUGAAAUCACACCGGAAACUACACACAGGAGAGAAACCUUAUAGCUGUAUUCAAUGUGGGAAGAGUUUUACUACAUCUAGCAAUCUGACUAUACACCAGAGAACACACACAGGAGCUAGAUCAUUUAGUUGUAAUCAAUGUGGGAAGAGUUUUGUUCAGUCUAGCGAUCUGACAGUACACCAGAGAACACACACAGGAGAGGAACCUUUUAGCUGUGAUCAAUGCGGUAAGAGUUUUAUUACAUCUAGCAAUCUGACUAUACACCAGCGAACACACACAGGAGCUAGAUCAUUUAGUUGUAAUCAAUGUGGGAAGAGUUUUGUUCAGUCUAGCGAUCUGACAGUACACCAGAGAACACACACAGGAGAGGAACCUUUUAGCUGUGAUCAAUGCGGUAAGAGUUUUAUUACAUCUAGCAAUCUGACUAUACACCAGCGAACACACACAGGAGCUAGAUCAUUUAGUUGUAAUCAAUGUGGGAAGAGUUUUGUUCAGUCUAGCGAUCUGACAGUACACCAGAGAACACACACAGGAGAGGAACCUUUUAGCUGUGAUCAAUGCGGUAAGAGUUUUAUUACAUCUAGCUAUCUGAAUAUACACCAGCGGACACUCACAGGAGAGAAAUCUUAUAGCUGUGAUCAAUGUGGGAAGAGUUUUAUUACAUCUAGCAAUCUGACUAUACACCAGCGAACACACACAGGAGAGAAAUCUUAUAGCUGUAAUCAAUGUGGGAAGAGUUUUAAUACAUCUAGCCAUCUGACUACACACCAGCAAGUACACACAGGAGAGAAGCUUCACCACUGCUCAAAUUGUGGGAAAAGCUUUUCAACAUCACAGUCUUUGAAACUACACCAGAGAACACACACAGGAGAGAAAUCCCAUAGCUGUAUUCAAUGUGGGAAGAGUUUUACUACAUCUAGCAAUCUGACUAUAUGCCAGAGAACACAUACAGGAGAGAGAUCCUUUAGUUGUAAUCAAUGUGGGAAGAGUUUUGUUCAGUCUAGCGAUCUGACUAUACACCAGAGAACACACACAGGAGAGAAAUCUUAUAACUGUGAUCAGUGUGACAAGAGAUACUCUGAUAAAAUAUCUCUGAUCAAACAUCAGAAAAUACAUGGAGUUGUUUCAUGAUAUCAAUUAAAUAAUGUCACAAUGCAGAAUGUUUUUAACAUUGUAGUAGGAGUAUUUUAAGGAAUCUCACAAUGUAGAACCCUAAAUGUUAAACCCCAUUCAAUUGAUUUCAGCAUGAUUUGGAUAUUAGCCUCUGGAAAAAUCCAGGGUCUGAAUUGAAUGAGUACUAUUUAUGUGAUUUAACAAAAAGUGACUAACACAAAAAGAGCUGUGUUUCAAUUACCAUGUUGGUGACCCACUUGAAUCAAAAUGCAACACUUCAAAAUGUAACUAGCUGUUUACCACGUUGGUGACCCACUGGAAUCAAAAUGCACACUUCAAAAUGUAGCUAGCUGUUUUCUACAAAUUGUCCUCUAACCAGUGAUGUACACAUUAUUCCCAGAUUAUGUGGGGUUUUUGAGCUAUUAGUUUUUACAUCUCCCUCCUCUCGCACAAUUGAUUUCAACAUGAUAUCGAUGAGUGAUGACAAAUAAGUCUUGUGUUCCUUUGUUUCGCGACCCCUAAAUUUAAAUGCAUCACUCCAAAAUGUAGCUGACUGUCUUGUUUUAUGAUUCCAUGCAUCACCAUUAAGUGAAUUGUUGCCAAAGAGGUGUACAUUUGGUUUUGAUAUUUCAUAUUUACAAUUCAUGUAACAUUUAGUAAUCAUAAAUAUUUAUGCAACCAACUGACAAUUUUCGGGUAUAAUUAUAUUGACAUUGUUGCCCUGCUUUUAUAAUCUCAGGGUUAAUUCCGAGUGAACCCUUAAAAGAGAGAGAAGCCCCGCAGUGAGGUGGAAAGUUACUUCGGAUAUUGCAGGAGUUUCCUCUUGAUAUCAGACAUGUCCGUGGUAAGGACAACUUGGUUGCUGUGUUUUGCGUUUAGCCAGUGCGUUACCAUGGAUCCCAAUUGAUUUUGACUGCACGUUUUUCUGUAUUGGAGAUUAGUUUUGUUUGGGCUCGUUUCAAGGAGACCAGAGUUCUAGAAGCAAACCAUUACAUUGUCGAAAAAUAUUUUGAAUUACAUGUUUUUUU